CCAGACACCCAGAGCAGCCACAGUCUGGGCAGAGCAACGAGCACUUGUGCUAAUAGACUGCCAUAGCAAACAGAAGAAGAACAUGUCCGAACGCAGAGUGCCUUUCACUUUCCUCAGCACUCCAAGCUGGGAGCCAUUCCGAGACUGGUACCAAGGUACAAACAGACUCUUUGAUCAGUGGUUUGGUAUGCCCCGUAUCCCAGAGGACUGGCACCAAUUGCCCAGCACAAGUUGGCCAGGCUAUGUCCGUCUUUUCCCAAGCCAGUCUCUGGAUGUGGUGCCUCCUACCACACCAGCUGUUACCUCACCUGCUGCUGCCGCUGUUCCUGACUUUAAUCGGGCCCUGAGUCGCCAACUCAGCAGUGGAAUCUCUGAGAUCCGUCAGACAUCAGACCACUGGAAGGUCAGCCUGGAUGUCAACCACUUUGCCCCAGAGGAGCUGGUUGUGAAAACAAAAGACGGAAUUGUUGAAAUUACAGGAAAACAUGAAGAAAAACAGGAUGAACAUGGAUUCAUUUCUAGAUGCUUCACUAGAAAAUACACUCUUCCUGCAGGUGUUGACAUUGCUGCUGUGACAUCUACUCUUUCCCCAGACGGCAUUUUGACUGUAGAGGCCCUUUUACCAAAACCUGCCAUUCAGUCAGCAGAGAUCACCAUCCCAGUCACUUUCCAGAGCCGGGCUGAGAUUACCAAGAAAGGGGAGGAAGCAGCCAAAAAAUAAAGCCUCUGUAACAAAUUACAAGAUUACAUUAUUGGUUUUCUUAACAUGUGCCCCCAGUUUUUACAAAUGUUUUCUUUUUUGACAAAUAAAAUUAGAAAAAGAAA